AUGCAUGCCCUUAUACCAUUUAAUGCUCUGGGUCCACCUUCAAGACACCAGUCUGUGGAUCAGGCGAACCACCACUCCUCUUCCAAGAAUCAGUUUGACAGGUUCUUUAGGAGGUUCUCCUUCUUUUUUUUUAAACCCAUCCUUUUAAACACAAUGGCACCAAAGAAGGACGUGAAGAAACCUGCUGCCGCUGCUGCCCCAGCCCCUGCCCCUGCCCCGGCACCUGCACCUGCACCUGCACCUGCCCCACCCAAAGAAGCAAAGAUUGACCUCUCUGCCAUUAAGAUCGAGUUCUCUCAGCAACAGCAGGAUGAAUUCAAGGAGGCAUUUCUCCUAUAUGACAGAACAGGCGAUAGCAAGAUCACCUUAAGCCAGGUUGGUGAUGUCCUUCGGGCUCUGGGCACAAAUCCCACCAAUGCAGAGGUCAAGGCGGUUCUGGGAAACCCCAGCAAUGAAGAGAUGAAUGCCAAGAAAAUUGAGUUUGAACAAUUUCUGCCCAUGAUGCAAUCUAUUUCCAACAACAAGGACCAGGGCACCUAUGAAGACUUUGUUGAGGGUCUGCGUGUCUUUGACAAGGAAGGCAAUGGCACCGUUAUGGGUGCUGAACUUCGUCAUGUACUAGCUACACUAGGUGAAAAGAUGAAAGAGGAAGAAGUGGAAGCCCUGAUGGCAGGUCAAGAAGACUCCAACGGCUGCAUCAACUAUGAAGCUUUUGUCAAGCACAUCAUGUCUGUCUAA